AUGCUGGACAGUAAGAAAGUGAUGAACGAAAUGAGAGAUAAAAUGGACGACAACGCUAAGAAAUUUGAAGACCUGAAAACAACCGUUGAAGUCAAACUAAAGAACAUUGAGAAAGUGACUGACGAUUUGGAAAACACUGAAAUCGUGGACAUUCUUGCAGUAGUGGAAGAGCCAGAAUAUGAAAAUCCAGUAGUUCAAGAGCCGAAAGUUGAUGGAGAAGAUGGUAUUGUCGAGAUCACGAAUAAACAAAUUGCUCAGGAGCAUUUAGAGGAAAUUCAGGUGGAGCCCGAAGUGGCUAGUUCUGUUCAGAAACUGUCCUUAGAUGCGGAAACUGAUUCAGUUGUCUCUGAAGGAGAUGAUGUGGCUAAAACUGAUAACUUUUGUGAAAACUUACUAGCAGUGGCGGCAUUAGAGAACGAAUCUGUUAUUGACACCACCAGAGAGCAUCGACGGUUGAGCGAAAAUGAAAUUAGGGAAAAGGAAGCCAUCGAUAAUAGACGAGCCCACUUGCUGAGGAACGAGCAGGCGCAGCAGUAUCUGUCCGAUGCCAAUGAGGCCGAGAGUUGGAUGAGCGAGCCGGAGCUCUACAUGAUGGUGGAAGAUCGGGGCGAAGAUGAGUCCAGCGUCAGGAACUUCAUCAAGAAGCACGAAAGUCUGGAAGCGGCCGUUGAAGCUUAUGCGGACGCCAUCAGAGGACUGGGUGAAACUGUAAAGGCCCUGUCGGCUGAAGGACAUCCUUUGGCCGAGCAGGUCGCUGUUAAACAGUCGCAACUGGACAAGCUGUAUGCCGGACUGAAAGAUUUGGCGUAAGAACGUCGCGCUAAGCUGGAUGAGGCUUUGCAUCUCUUCCUGCUCAUCAGAGAUGCUGGUGACUUGGAGCAGUGGAUAGCUGAUCGCGAAGUGGUGGCCUCUUCUCAUGAACUGGACCAGGAUUACGAUCACGUGACUCUGCUAUGGGAGCGCUUUAAGGAGUUCGCCCACGACACGGAAACCAUUGGAACUGAACGA